AUGCGGGUGGCGUUGCGCUUGCUGCGCAAGGGGGAGCGCAUCCCUUCGCAGGGCAGUUCGCUCCUCAAUCCACGCAGCCAACGAGCCAAGCUCCGGCAGAUGGUGGCGACGCACGCGUCACAGAAGAAGCACUUCGAAGCGCAGGCGUUGUUUGCGGGCCUGGGUGGCGCUGCCUCGUCACCGCCCGUGCGCAGCAAAAAGGAGCGCUCCUCAACGGCGGCCCGCCGCCUAGGACAAGAGGUGGCGGAGCGGGCAAAGUCUCUCACUGACAGUGAGUGGGAACGUGUCCCGAUGGACGAGAAGCACGCAUUUACGAAGUACAUGAGCCAAAUGCUGCGGGAACACCCUACUGAGACGACGGAGCAGCAGCGGCGUCGGUACUUUGAGACUACCAUGGUCGACACCCGUGACCUGGACCCGCAGAAGACGGUUCGAGAUGAGUACGAACGGAUAAAGCUGGGUUUGCCUGUGCAGUUGAAGAAUCCGCAACAUUCCCUUGGCGUGUCGCAGGCGGUGUACGAUGCGGCGGACGCCUCGCUUUUUGACCCAGUGAACGUCCAUAAACUGGAAAACGCCAUGACUCACAUUAAACAGGUGUUUACAGACUACGUUCACAAGAAGCGGGAGGGUGUGAGCACGGAGGCGGAGCGACGACAGUUGGCGAACAUGACGGCGGAACUAAACCUGGAGACGCAGAAGCACCUUGCGAACACCUUCAAAUAUGCGGAGGCCCGUUUGCGUCGGAUCUCGUUGGAGGAAAAAGAACUUCAGUUGAAGGAAGUUGAGCGACUGCGGCGCGUGGCCCAGCAAAGGAGCGGCGGCCAUCGAUGUGGAAAGAAGGAUCAAAAAACAGAACGCAUGGAGAAGCUGAAGCGGAUGAUAAGCCGGGCCGUUGGAUUGGACAUGAACGUCGCAGAGACGGUUCUCACAGAGAUGCGUGCGCAGGAAGAGUUUUUGCAGUUUUGCGAGGUCUUUGCCCGCCUGACGCAAGGCAGUGGGUUUCAUCACACUUCUAAGGACGAGACGCUGAGCGCCUACGUGGAGAAUCUGCGCAAGCUGUAUUCCAUGAACGCAGACACCCUGAGUACGCUAGAUGUGGUGCAGUACUACGCCUCGAAGGAGGGCUCUGCACCUGUUGAUUGGGCAAAGCGAUGGUAUGAGAAGGCGUUGCUGCUACCGCUGCAGAGCACACCGGAGUAUCAGCGAUUGCUGGAAAUUCAGCAACGCGAGCAGGCGUCGUUGCAGGCAAAGGCUAAGCCUGCUGAACCAAGCGACGCCCUUGCAGGCCAGGCGGAGUCGGAGGUUGCCCGGGUGAAGGUGCAGAAGGUGGUAAACAUUGUGGAGAAAAUGUUUAUGGAUCCCAGAGACAAGCGGUUGGAAUCGUGGCACGAAAAGCGACUCCGGUACUUGGCGCACAUGCAGAUGGAACGACAGAUAAAACGCGUCAGAGAGAACGCAAAACUUUUUGAGGGUGUUGAGUCUGCCCCUGAGGCGGAGCAGUGCCGUGAGUUGUAUAGGCAGAUUCUCGAGCGCAGAGCAGCGUUGUUUGAAGCAGCAGCAACAACAGGGAACAACACCCCCGAUGGAGCUCAGGCUGUUGUGGUUGAUGAUUCUCGUGCGGAUGAUCAUGAGCAGAAGUUAUUCAACGUAUACGACGAUGCAGAAGCAACGGCCUUGUUUGAGAAGAUUCAGGCGAUCACAAAGCAGGUGAUUCGGCAGCGACGUAUAGAGAGCGCAGCAGCCACUAAGGCUCGAAGUCUGCGGCGGAUUAUUCGAAGCCUAAAGGGAGGCGAGCAAUCCUUGGCAGAGGAGCUACAUGCACUUCAGCAGCAACGCAGAGAGAGAAUCACCCAACGCCUUCUGGGAAUUGUGGAGAAUGACGUUAAGACGGAGAUGGAGUGGCUAGAGAAUAUGGAGGAGGCGGAGCGACCUCCACUGCUUCCUAUUCCAGAGGGCAUGUCAUACGUGUCUGCCGCGGAUGUGCAGGCGUGGCAAGACAUUCGUAAGGAUUGUGAGCGUAAGGCUGGAAAUCCGUUUGAGCGACGAAAGCGCAUUUUUCAACCUGAGCUGCUCGGGCAGACAUGGCGUGUGCCCGACCGGCCACUGUUGUUCUGGGGCACCGGUGUAUCCGCUGUACAGCAGGCUUUGCGCCACGCUGCAGAGGAUGCGGAACGAAAGCGACGUGGUGUUCCCAUUGCACCACCGUAUCCGUGUCCAGAGAAUCCAUGGGGUUGGCGGCUCGCGAAGGAUAUUCUGGACGAGGACUGA